AUGGAAGCCCUGUCGAGUGACGCCCAGCAGGCGCUCCAGCUGCCGCCGCUGCCAGACCCCGCCACGCCAGGGCUGCCGCAGGGGAGGGUCCGCGCUUGGACUGACGGUUCUUGCCUGCACCCAGCCGACCCGCUGCUCGCCCGGGCGGGCUGGGGCGCGCGCCUCGAAGGCCUCCCCGUCGGGCGCCUCGACAGCCACGGCCCUGUGGACGGCCGCCGAGCGGCGCAGCGCGCGGAGCUUUGGGCUGCCACGCACGCGUGCAGCCUGGCUGAGGCGCCAAUGCACGUCGCCACCGACUCGCGAUUCGUCGCGCGAAGGGUGGUCGCGCUGCGCGGCGGCGCGAACCCGAUGAAUCGGCAGCGUGCUGAGUUGUGGGAGGCGAUCGCGCCGCUCUGCCGCACCGGGCUGCUGCGGGUUCGAUGGGCGAAAGCUCACUCAACCCAGGCCGAGGCUGCCGAUCGGAGCAUCUCGGCGGAGGACUGGGCCGGGAACGACGCGGCACACUCUGGCUGGCGCUUGUGCGAAGGCCCGGCUCACACCGCUGGCCUUCCUCCAGCAGCGCACGCGGCAGCUGGAGGCGCUCGCGGCGGUCCAGCGCGCGGCGGCCGCCGUGGAGCUGGCAGCCCUGACGGCCAACCACGGCCGCGACAGCCCAGGUGGGCCCAGAGUCUGGCGCCGCUGGGUGGCGCCAGGCCACCGCCGCAGACGGGCGCCGCGAGAGGGGGAUGCGGCAGCAGCCGCCGCCGCCGCAGCGCCGCGGGCUCGGGCACGGCCUGGGCCGCCAGCGGUUGCCGCGCCCCCCGAGCACCCCCGCGCUGGGCAGACGGCCGCGGCGAGGGCGUUGUUUGCAGGCGACGCCUGGCAACCGCAUGCGGCGGUGCAGGGCCCGGCGUGGGUCGCUUGCCUGAAAUGCGGCUGCUGGGCGCCGUGCUGGCAGCGGCUCGCGAGCCGGCCGUGCGGCGGCCGGGCUCCCGCGUUGCCGCCGCGGGCCGCCAUGCUGCUCCUGCUUCCGGUGGAGCCCGCUGGCGGCCGCGACGCCGAGUGCCGCGCUGCCCUGCGCGCUCGUCUGCAGGAGCGGCCGGGCGCCCCUGA